AUGGCACUGCUACUGGUAACGACACUGCUGACAACGAUGUUAGUACUGUGCGCGACCGAAGUUCCACUAGAGGGUAACUGUUCCAACAAGAACCAACUGAUGAUGCUGCUGCCGGAAGUGAUAUCCAGCAUACUGAUGCGCUACUUUCGGCACCCCUAUCAACCGGUACAGUACUAUCUGGCAGCCAACAAUGCCGUCCAUCAACGGGAACAGUGGGAUGUGGUUGGUUUGGUACUGCAGCUCACCAGUGGCCACUGUACGGCGAUGUUCGGGAAUCUUGGUGAUCACCUAGAUGGAUCGGGCCCAAUAGUGCAGCGGUCACACGCAAUCCUUUUCGGGGAGGAUGUGGAUGCAUUCGAGCGACUGCUUGGAAACUUCAGUACCACCGUUAAUGAUUACUCCGGGCGCUAUCUGCUUGUUCUGACCUCGCCAACCGCACAGCAGAAUAUCGAGUGGAGUCGGCUUUUUAAACUCCUCUGGCUGCGACACAUAGUGCACGUGAAUGUACUGCUGCCGACAGCAGACGGUACAGUGCGGGUAUAUACCUACGAACCGUACUCACCGAACCGUUGUGCCGAUCCGGUAGUGAAGCUGGUGAUGGUAAUCUUCGCCGAUGGUAUCGUCCGUAAGCAGCACCACAACCUAUACCCUCGGCGAAGACUAACUAGUCUGCAUAACUGCACCCUGCAGGUUGGUUCGUUCGAAGCGAAACCGUACACCUUUCUCGAGCGUAAAGUCGACGGAUAUAUGGAGCUUGGUGGAUUCGAGGGCGAUCUGUUACGUCUGCUCGCUCACCGGUUGCAGUUUCGGGUAAAUGUGACCGAGUCACCGCAUCAGGUCCAGUGGGGAUUGAUGGGAUCGCCCGGUAAUAGUACCGGCACGAUGCAGCUGGUACAGGACGAGCUGGUCGAUCUGGUGAUUGCCUGCAUGGCGUUGGAUGUAACACGUUCAUACUAUCUGAAACCGGGCUUUGCCCACUAUACGUCCCGCAUCCUGUUUGCCGUACCGCAGGGUCGCUCGUACAGUGCGUUCGAAAAGCUGUUCCGCCCGUUUCGGAUUGACAUCUGGGCGGCACUUGGUGGGAUGUUAGGUGCGGUCGCAACCGUCGUCGGUGUGCUCAGCUGUGGUCGGCGUGUCCGUACGUGGCGGAGGUUCGUGUACGGCCCAUCCGUACGCAUGCCACUGCUCGGUGCACUUUACUUGCUAUGCGGUGGGGCGGUCGUUGUGGUACCGAGACGUAACUUUGCGCGUUCGUUGCUUGCGCUUUGGCUCUGGUUCACGUUCGUGUUGCGCACGGUGUACCAGGGCUCGCUUUACCUGUAUCUGCAGCGUAGCGCUACCUAUCCACCGCUCGCUACGCUCGACGAGAUACAUCGGUCUACGCUUCAUUAUCACAUGGUAAACAUUGCGAUGCGAUUCUUCGUCGAUCGGCCGGACAUUAAGCCACGGACACGCUUCAUACCGGCCGGGCUGGAUACGUUGGGUGCGCAGGUAGCCGGUAUGGCUAGCCGCUACCAUGACCGGGUCGUCGUCUGCCCACAGGACAUGGUCGCGUACAACAACAAGCUAAACAGGUUGCACGGGAACGCCGAACUCAUACAGGUGACGCGCGAAUCAAUUACACUCUUUCCAGUCACGAUCUACUAUCCGAAAAAAUCGUUCCUCACGCAGUUGUUCGACCGAGAAGUAAUGCACAUUAUCGAGAGCGGUCUGAUGGAAUACUGGGUGCGUAACUAUGGUGAUUAUGAUUUUGAAGCGAAUCGCCGUGCGCCUCAAAAUACUGGUGAACCGCACAAACUUACCCUGCAACAUCUCGAAGGUGCUUACCAACUGUGGCUCGCUAGUCAUCUACUGGCGAUGAUGGUUUUUCUACUCGAGCGAGCAUCCUUGCAUUCACCAAUGUUACGACGCGUGUUGGAAUUUUGUAUGGAUUAGAAAUCUUUGUAAGGGAAUAUACUAGAAGCGGCAACCAAAGAGGAACGGGUACCAGGACGUAGAUGGACAUCAGAGGCAAUAAAUACGUACAAUUAGAUGAUCAGAGUAACGAAUGGACUUACUUUUAACAUUUUUUCAUUCGUCAUGUACAGUCAUUGUCCACGGUUUGCAGGGUUGCUCCCCCGAAAGGUCCUGUCGAGAUAUACAAACCUCAACAAUUUCUUUAAAAUAUGAUUUUUUACUGAUUUUGCUUCGUCAAUUCGUUAAUCGAAUGUCGAUUGUACUCUGUACUAGUAAAAUUGUCACCUCAGGUAUAUUAUUUACUUCUGCCAACAUCCAUCCAUUUAAUGUUAGCACUUUUGUGUAUGUUAUUUAAAUAGCAUGAGUUUUGAGUUUUCUUUCUUUUUUUUGCGUAGCAAAUCUUACCUAUAUAAA